AUGGAGGGCUUUUACGGUAUUGAGGUGGCCGCCGGCAAGCAGGUGAAGGCCAAAAUCCCGGAGGAGUGCGCGCUGCGCGUGACGCAGCUCGCCGUUCCCGCCAACGCCGCUGGAGCCGUUUCUCUCGUCGUGUCCUUCGAGGGCAAGCUGUUCACGAUUGCCACGCUGGACCCCAAGAAGGGCAUCUACCAGAUGAGCACCGACCUCGUCUUCACCGAGGCGCAGGACGUUUCCUUCUCUGCCCAGGGCGCUGGCGCAGUCCACGUCACCGGCUACGUGCAGCCAGUCGGCAACGACGAUAUGAUGAUGAAUGCCAUGGCCGGCGAGUCGGGUGAGGAGGAUGAGAGCGACGACGACGAGGAACUCGAGGAGGUGUCGGAGUCGGAGAGCAACGAGAUCGCCAAGGCCCCUGCUUCCGCUGCCGCUGGUGCGGAGGACAGCGACGAGGAGGACGAGGACGAGGAGGACGACGAGGAGGACGAUGGCGAGGAUAUGCCGCCGGCCGACCUCGAUGACAGCGACAUGGGCGAAGAGGACGAGGAAGUCGACGAGGAGGAUGAUGAGGAACAGAUGGAUGACGAGGAAGGCAAGGACGAUGAGGAUGAUGAGGAUGAUGACGAAGAUAACGAGGACGACGAGGAUAGCGACGACGACGAUGACGACGACGAGGACGACGAGGACGACGUACCGCGAAAGUUCCAGCGUGCGGAGCGCGGAGACCACCGCGGUGGCUUCCGUGGCGGACGUGGCGGUGACCGCGGUGGCUUCCGUGGCGGACGUGGCGGUGACCGCGGUGGCUUCCGUGGUGGUCGUGGCGGUGACCGCGGUGGCUUCCGUGGUGAUCGCGGUGGUGAUCGUGGUGGCUUCCGCGGUGGUCGCGGUGGUGACCGCGGUGGCUUCCGUGGUGGUCGCGGUGGUGAUCGUGGUGGCUUCCGCGGUGGUCGCGGUGGUGACCGCGGUGGCUUCCGUGGUGGUCGCGGUGGUGACCGCGGUGGCUUCCGUGGUGGCAAGCGUGGCCGCUACUAG